AUGAUUGGUCGAGUUUCAGAAUUACAUGAGGACGUCAACAAUACAAUUUUCAGUAUCACGCAAGAUAAAUUACGUUUUGAACGUAAGCGAGUCCGUUCUCAUGAAGAAGAGUCAGUUGAAUCACAAAAAAAGAAAGCGUCAUCAAGAAAAAGGAUUAAUGAUGAAGAUUCCUCCGAAGAGCACAGUGGUGAGGAUAACGAACAAGAUGACGACGAAGAUGUCCCAGCUCCUGAAGAAACCCUCGAUUCUAUACUUAGUAGUCAAAAAAAAAAAAGGAUUCUACCCUCUGGUAAAAAUGUUGGUGAUAUUACUGCCAGAAACAUAUCUGCAAAUGCAAAAGCAAUUCAAAAGAAGAAAAAACAUCAGCAAUAG